UUUUGGAUUGACACCAUUACAAUUCUUGUGCUUUGGAGAAGUACCAUUACUAUUCGCCUAUUCGGAAAGAUACCAUUACAAUUCUUGUUUUGUCACAGCAACACCAUGGAGUACGUAUCCGAUGGACUCGGGCCCAACCGCAGGCGUAUACCCCCCGUCCGUUUUCCCGUAUGGCCCAUUUUGCCCCCGGCUCUAGAGGUAAAGGGCGUCGGGCCUCCUCUGUCUUCCGCGGCCGACCCCUAUCGUCGUCCUCCUCUGUCCUUCCCCUUUCCCUCGCCGUUGUGCUCCCCAAACCCUAGCUGACGGCGGCGAAUCCAACUCUGGCGCCGGCGGCGAGAAGAACCAAUCCGAAGGCCGUUGCGAUGGACCCUGUAGACCGCAAUGGGUGAUCCGCAGCCGCGCCUUCCGUUGCGCUCUCCGGUGGAGAUGGCGAACGACGACAGCGGGGUUUCAUUGUUCUCACUAGCUCUUAAAGUUGAAGGAUUCAGUUCCACAGACAGUAGUGGUAGAAAAGCAUACACAAAAGGACGCGUGAUUAAGUGGGAUGUUGAAGUAGGUUCUUUUUCUUUCGAUUUGCUGAUGAAUAGCCUGCGCAAUGAGUUCCAGUGGUCCAGUAGUCAGUCUGCUAGUGUAUGGUUCUAUGACAAAAGGAUGGGGGAAGAUGUCAAGCUAGAGAAUGAUUUGCAGAUGCAUGACAUUUUCGAAAUGUAUAAGGAUCAGAUGCAAUGCGACUUUAUUGUUGGGGUUUUUGACAGUUGUCAUAGACAGGCUUAUGAGUUUGAUGCUUUAGAGCCACUUUGUGUGAUCCCACCUGUUUAUUUUGGUGAUGAUAACCCUGAUCAGAUCCCACCCAAUAGCAAAGACAUGCCAGCUGGACUUGGUAAUGAUGUUGCCGAUCCAAUUGACCAUAAUUCUGGGGAGGCAGAAUUUUUACCAAUAGAUCCAGAUCCUGAGCUUGAGGCUGACAGGGAGCCUGAUAUCUUUGACAAUAGUGAGGAGUAUGUUGGAGUUGAUGAUGAUGUUCACCCCAGAAUCAUCUAA